CCAACUCGUAUCACAUAAUUAAAUUGUGAAUAAUGCAACGCAACGUGUUUUUUUUUUUCUUCACUAUUUCAAAACACGUAUGAAAUUAUUAACAUUUCCUUCUCAUAACAAAUACGCAACGACAUAUAUAAAAACGUUACCGUAAAAAUUUUGAUGUUUUUUUUUGGAUUUGACUAGGACUGUAAAUUCUAUUCAUAGUCAAGUUGGUAACGAAAACUGUAUACCGUUAGUAAUACAUUAUUAAAAAGUCCAUCCACGAUGUUCUUUUGAACCUUUUUUUUGUGAAAUUGUUUGAAUGUGCUUUAAUUUUCAAACAGUGAUACAAAUGACAAUAAUGAAAUGUAAAAUUGAAAAAAGUAACAAAUGGAUUGUUGUUUUUUUUAGUGGGUUAGGCAUUAGUGUGUUUCGUAAGCCAAGACAGUGUGGGACGAUCCUAUAUCUGCUUGCCUUAUACGGUUUUUGAAAAAAAAAUAGCAGCAUUCUAGUAAGAAUUAAACAAGUGUACUAAGUAAUGUAAGUCUUUAUUUAAAAUUCUGAAAACAGUUAUGUGUACGUUGGAUGCUUGUCUUUCACAAAAAAAAAGAUUUUUAGAUCAUGUAGAACAUUGUUUAUUCCAUUGUUCUUACAAUAGUUGCACACUAAAUAAUAUGUAUUAUUUACCUCCACAUGAGAAUCCUGAGAUACUACACAAACUUGGACAAAUAUUCCAGCCGGAAGAAAACUCUGAGUCUGGGACACACGUCGAACGCUCGAACCAUACUCGAGAAACGGACCACACACAUCAAGAAAACGAAUUUCAUUUUAUACGACAGUAUGCAAAAUAUCAAGAAACUAUACCGAUUUCAACUUUAUAUAAAGUUAUACUUCAUAUUGUUUAUGAAUUGAUUCAAAUUGAUCAACCAACAACAUUGAUUCUUCAAAAACAUGAAAGGAAAUUAACGUAUGACAUUUUACAAAAAGGAAUCGGUUUAUGUCGUUUUUAUUUAAACACUUCUUGGUCUUACUUGAUGGGUUAUUCAAGGCGGUAUUUUUUAGUUCAUCUUUUACAACAGUUAAAUUCUUCUGAUAUGCAUCAACAUACGACUGUUGAAUUCAAUACAACUGACGAAAAUUUUGGCAUUGGUGAUCAAUUUUAUUAUCUAUCCGACCUGGUACAAAAUUGGGUAUUGAAACAAACAAAUAAUAUUCCACAGAGUCCUCAUUCCUGUGAACAAACCGCACUAUACAGAAAUCAAUCAAAUAACUUACUAAUUGAUUCUUCUGUUUCCAAACCAAAUGACAAACACGUAGAGAAAAAUGGAAGUGAUACUAUUACUGAAUCUUUUUCAAAAAAAAAACCUACAUUCUCAUUUCAAGUCACAGUAGAGGAUAUUCAAAGUGUGUUACAUGACUUAUUUCCUAAUCGUUCUACGGAAGACAACAAAAUUUUAACUAAAAGUUCUAGCCAGCAUGAUGAACAUCACCAGGUAUCAACUGCUAUUUUAAAAGAGAAUUUUCCAAUCCAAGGAGAUCCAAAGAAAACUUUUACGGGAAAUGAAGGCAUUGAAGGAGAAACGGAGCAAUUUUUAUAUGAAUCAGUACAGGCAAUGAUAUCUAUCGCACAACGUUAUGGUACAUUGUUAAAUAAGGAUAACAAGGUCCUUGACGCUGCUGCAAUCUCCACUCAGUCUUACAUUUUGAAAACCUAUGAUGCUGUAAACAAUUUAAAAAUUUUUACAUGGGGAAAUCAACUAAAUUUUAUGACAGAAAUCUUUUUGUUUUUAGCUUCCCUUGUAGUUUUUUGUGUGAUUUUUCCCUUCAUUUUUUCAACAAUUGCAUUGGCGUAACACAUAAACUCUUGUAUUUUACUGCACUUUGUGUUGAAGCGAAAAACUAGUGUUUCUAAUGGUAUAAUAACUUCUUGUUCAAGUGAUCAAUUUCUUUUAGCUCAAAACAUAAUGUCAGAAAUGAUCUUUUUAAUUCAUGUAACUGUUAAAAAUGAAAAAAUCAAUAACAUUUCAUCUAAUGAUUUUUUUUUAAUAAAUGUGGGAGUUUUAUUGCCUAAAGGCUACAUUGGAUUUCAAAUACAAUAUUUCUGUUGUACCAGUUUUCAUAAUAAGCCAGGGUGCUGUCAUUAACACAAGUUUUUUGCUUCAACUGUAACAAAGUGGUAAUGAUAAAAUCGGAAGUGACACAAAACGACGAUGUACCAGUUGUAUGGGAAGAUCAAGAAAAAAUUAAUGAAUUUUCCUGUUUAGUUAUAGAGGCAAGAGAAAUUUCUGAUCGAAUCGUUCAUUGCAAAGAAGAAGUACAACAAUUGAAGGAUGCUGACGAAGAGCUUCUUGUUUGUAUAAAUCCUGACAUUUCACUUUUGAAAAUUGGAGAAACGUUUUACAAGGAAAAGGAGAGUACAAUUCAAAAAUCGAUUCAACGAUUAAUACAAGAGAAAGAGCAAGAAAUACGGGAACAUGAAACUAAAAAAGCUCAUGUAGAAGAACAAAUGAAACAGCUUAAGGCUUCGCUUUAUGCUAAAUUUGGAAGUAAAAGAAUUAAUUUGGAUACACAAUAACUUUUCUAGACGCCGAAAAGAAUUUAUCAAGCAUUUUUUAUCAUGUGGAAAAUUAAGCAGCUUAAAUUUUUUUACUUGAAGAAUAUUUGUAGAGAAGACAAUAAAACUAAAAAGAACUUGUUAAAGAUUUUUUUUUUCGUUGAGAAAGAAAACAUUUGUUCACUGCCUUGUAUGAACAAGUGUGAUAAUUUUAGGAAUUUAAUUUUUUUUUUGGGUUUCUUGAUUAAAA